AUGGCCAGCGGCUUCACUCUGAAAGCCACCAUCAACGAUUACACUGUGACCAUGCAAUCCAGCAGAAUCCUCUGCCCAACAACGCACCCAGCUUUGUUACAUAUCAACUUUUGUUCAUUUGAGGCGAAUAUAACAGGUACUUGCCCUCAGCAGCAGCCCUUCCCUGGCCCAAGAAACUCUGUCACUCUGUACAAUCUGCCACUGGAAGUCGCUUCUGCUCCUUACAUUAAGGCCUCGCAGAACAGGGCACAGAACAUGCCUGUUAUCAAUCUUCCCCAGAGUCUCUUUUCUCCCUGUUGGUCGAUAAAUCUAACAGGUUUACCUGUAAGUGAGACUGUGCAUAAUUCCGGAUUCUGUUGGCAGGGUGACCAUGUGUGGGUUCACACCAGCAUCGGUGGAGAGUUCAGCGUGCCCAUGGGGGCAGAGGUGAAGCGGCUCGAUCGUGGAAAGACCCUGUUGCUGGACGAUGAAGGCAAGGAGCUGUGGAUCGACGGGGCCGACACGCAUCGGGUGAAGCACAUGCACCCCACCUCAGUGAGGGAGAUAGACGACAUGAUUUGCAUCGAGGACCUGAAUGAAGCCGGGAUGCUGCGGAACCUCCACAUCCGAUAUCGGAAGGACGUUAUUUACACCUACACCGGCUCCAUCUUGGUGGCUCUGAACCCUUACCAACAGCUUCCCAUUUACACCUCGGAGCAGAUCAGCCAGUACACCAACAGGAGGAUUCAAGAGUUGCCGCCUCACAUCUUUGCCAUCGCCGAUAGCUGCUACUUCAGUCUGAGGAAGAGCUGCAGGGACCAGUGCUGCAUCAUCAGCGGAGAGUCGGGAGCAGGGAAGACAGAGAACACUAAACUGAUCCUGAAGUUUCUGGCUGCAGUCAGCGGACAGCACCAGUGGAUUGAACAGCAGAUCCUGGAAGCAAACCCAAUCCUGGAAGCUUUUGGAAACGCAAAAACGGUGAAAAACGACAACUCUAGCCGCUUUGGGAAAUACAUUGACAUCUUCUUCAGUGGCGAUGGGAUGAUAGAGGGGGCAAGGAUUGAGCAGUACUUGUUGGAGAAAUCCCGAGUGUGUCAACAGGCUCCAGAUGAGAGAAACUACCACGUAUUCUACAGUCUACUGAUGGGCAUGAAGAAGGAACAGAAGCAGCUCCUCGGUUUAGGCGCAGCACACGAGUUUGACUAUCUGACCAUGGGUAACUGUACCAGUUGCACUGGGCACGAUGAUGUGGGACAGUAUGCUGAUAUUUGCUCAGCUAUGAAAAUCUUGAUGUUUUCGGACAAGGAGCAGUGGGAUAUUAACAAGCUAUUGGCUGCCGUUCUGCAUCUGGGUAACCUUAAAUUCCAAGCUGCUGUAUAUAAUAACUUGGACUGUUGCGAACUUUUGUCAUCAAGUCACCUCUCCAUGGCAACCAAGCUACUUGAGGUAGACCUGCUGGAACUUGAGAAUGGAAUGACCAACAGGUCCAUCUUGAUCCGCGGAGAAAGUGUGUCCACCCCCAUGAGCAAGGCAUGGGCGGCAGGAAACCGGGACGCACUCGCCAAGGCGAUUUACAGCCAUCUUUUUGUGUGGAUCGUGAACAAAGUUAACGCUGUGACCUACACUCAACCUGCCAAUAAUUCAGGAAAGGCCUCUUCAAUUGGAUUGCUGGACAUCUUUGGCUUUGAGAACUUUGACUUAAACAGCUUUGAGCAGCUGUGCAUUAAUUAUGCCAAUGAGCAGUUGCAGCAGUUCUUCGUCAGGCACCUGUUCAAGGAGGAACAAGCGGAGUACCUUCAGGAGAACAUCGACUGGCUGCACAUCGAUUUUGUUGACAACCAAAAGGUGCUGGAUGUUCUCAGCAUCAAACCAAUGAGCAUCAUCUCACUCAUUGAUGAAGAAAGCAAGUUGCUGAAGGGCACUGACCGAACAAUGUUAAACAAGUUGAAUAAUCACCAUAGCAACAGUGGAAUCUACUUCCCUCCAAAGAGCUCCCACGAUACUAAGUUUGGCAUUUCGCACUUUGCUGGAGUGGUUUACUACGACUCAAACGGCUUCCUGGAGAAGAACCGAGAUGAUUUGAGUUUCAGCAUCGCCCAGGUUGUGCACUCUUCCAGCAACACCUUCCUCACACAGAUCUUCCAGGCCAGCACCGGGACAACACCAAGGGGGAAGGCCAACCACCGUAACAUUCCUCAUGGAGGAUCCAUCAAGGCCAGUAAUGUUUCCUGGGGUUCCAUCCAACAGGCAAACGACAGCCACAAACGCCUGUCCACACUCUGCAGCCAGUUCAAACAGUCGCUCGACAACCUCAUGAAAACCCUGAGAGCUUGUCAGCCCUUUUUCAUUCGCUGCAUCAAGCCCAAUGAUUACAAGAAACCUCUGCUGUUUGAUCGGGAGUUGUGCACUAAACAGUUGCGAUAUUCCGGAAUGAAGGAGACUAUCCGUAUCCGCAAGUCAGGUUAUCCCAUACGCUUCACUUUCAAAGAUUUUGUGCAGAAAUACAAGAUCACUCUGAGAUCAGCACUGUGGCAGUACACAGAGGACGAUGUCUGCUUACGCUGCAAGCAAAUCGCUGAGUCGGUGAUCGGAGUUGAUGGAGGUUGGAAGAUUGGGAAGACAAAGAUCUUCCUUAAGGAGGGCCACCACCUGACUUUGGAGCUUGAGCAAGAGAGAAUCUUGACAACAAACAUUCUGAUCAUUCAAAAACGCAUGCGUGGUUUCAAAGACAGGAAGAACUUCCUGAGAGUGAGGGCCGCUGCCCAGAUGAUUCAGAGUCACUGGAGGGGACAACGGUGUCGCCAGGAGUACCGACUGAUGAGGCACGGAUUUGAAAGAUUACAGGCGCUGUAUCACGCACAGAGAAUGGUCAGACAAUACCAGGAUACCCGGCGGCGGGUGAUACUGUUCCAGGCACGCUGCCAGGGUUACCUGGCACGGAUAAAUCACAACAAGCGAAUCAAAGCCCUGGUCACUAUCCAGGCCUACACAACGGGGAUGCUUAUCCGAAGGACCUAUCGCAUAAUGAGGAGAGAUAUUGAAGGAGGCGCUGAGGCAAGGAAGCUCGGCAAGAAAGGGGGCCAGCGGAGAGUGCAGCUGGUUGUCGCAAUGGCUGAGGACGAGACUGACGCAAGAAACUUGGCCAAGAUGACCAAGCAGGACAUGAUGAACGAGAGGAGGCUGAGAGAAGAGUAUUUGAGGACACAACAACAGGAAGAGAACCACGACCCCAUCAAUGAUCUGCAAAUGGUGGACAGGAUCUUCAGCUUUCUACCAAAUGUGCUGGAAGAUCAGGAGAAAGAAGGUCCAAGGGAAUUUGAGGACUUGGAAGUGAAGCGGCAGAGGUUGGAGGAGUUUGAUUUGGACGACACCUCGAUUUCGUCGGACACCGCUGAAGAGGACGACCUUUCCCAGUUCACCUUCUCGAAAUACGCUGCCACUUACUUCCAGGGGUCGUCCACAGCCACCCACAUCCGACGGCCUCUCCGACACCCCCUGCUCUUCCACGAGGAGCAAGUAGAUGUCCUGGCUUCCCUGGCUGUGUGGAAUGUUAUCCUCAGAUUCAUGGGAGAUCUUCCAGAACCCAAGCCAUUUGCCAAGGCCACAGAGAAGACGAGGAACUCCAUCAUGACACGGAUAUAUGACUCCCUUAGCAGAAAGUCCAAGGCUUUCAUGACUGCAAACCAGGCCACGGAUGAGGUAUGGUGCAUCCGGGAACUGUUGACAAACUCAAUGUUUCAUUGCUCAAUGUGGAUCAAAGCUCCCAGUCAACUGGAGCAGUGUGGUCAGGGACGUCUUCCACCUGUACAGGGACCACCGUGGUGUGAAGUGUUGUACAGUACUGAUCUGGCUACCACUAUGGUGUUGAUGAUUUGGUGGCCAAAUUUGUGUCUGGAAGCCUUUAGAUGUCUAUCAGGCACUGCUACAGAUUGGGCCACAACUCUCACUUCCCCAUGUUUCCAGAGCUUGAGUCCCGAAAAGAGGAAGAAAUGUAGCAAGCAUCAGCCCUCCAGCUUAAAUAGCCUGUCUGGUCCAACACCUGGAGAGGAAAUGCUGUUGGAUGAGAAUCCCGUCGCAGACAGACCAAUGUCAAACCUGGAGAAGCUUCACUUCAUUAUUGGUAAUGCCAUUGCCAGGCCCAGCAUCAGGGAUGAGAUUUAUUGCCAGAUCUGCAAGCAGCUGUCCAAUUGUUAUAACAAGAACGCCUACGCCAGAGGCUGGAUACUCCUUUCCCUCUGUGUUGGCUGCUUUCCAGCAUCAGAAAGCUUUAUGAAGUAUCUGCGCAGCUUCAUUCGGACCGGCCCGGCGGGGUACGCAUCUUACUGCGAGGAGCGUUUGAGACGGACUACUGCCAACGGAGCGCGCACCGAACCGCCCAGCUACCUGGAGCUGGAGGCGUCCAAGACGAAGCAGCCGAUGAAAGUGACGGUGACAUUGAUGAGCGGAACGAGUUACUCAGUCUCCAUCGAUUCUGCCACCACAGCCCAGGAGCUGUGCAGGGCCCUUGCCAGCAGAACUGGCCUGACCGACUCGUUUGGCUUCUCCAUCUACAUCGCGCUAUACCAGAAGGUCUCCUCCCUCGGGAGUGGUGCUGAUCACAUCCUGGAUGCCAUCUCGCAGUGCGAGCAGUACGUGAAGGGGCAGGGCAGGCAGGAGCGGCACGCCGCCUGGCGCCUGCUCUUCCGCAAGGAGAUCUUCACACCCUGGCACGACUGCGGAGCGGAUCCAGUCAGCACGGACCUCAUCUAUCAACAGAUCCUUCGCGGCAUUCGGUUCGGGGAAUACGAGUUCGAGGAGGAAGAGCUGGUGAAUGUCGCCGCCAAUCUUUACUACGUGAACUUUGGAACGAGUGAUGAGGCUGUGAAGGGGCUGCAGGUUGUCAAAAGCUGCAUCUCCGACAAACUCUUGCAGAUCAAAUCCCCGGAGGACUGGAGUAAACAGAUCAUGGCGCGAGUGAAGGGUUUGUUCAGCCUGGACAGUCCCGAGCCGCUCACUCUCAAGGCCCAGCUGGUUGACCUCGUCCGCUUGAAGUGGCCCCUCCUGUUCUCCAGAUUUUUUGAAGCUGCAAAGUUUUCAGGACCAACCCUGCCAAGGAACAAACUGGUGGUCGCCAUCAACUGGGCCAGUCUCAGCUUUGUGGAUGAGAACGAGAAAGUCCUGCUGAAGCGCUCCUUCCUGGAAAUUACCGGAGUAACUACAAACAGAGCUCUGAAGCUGUCGGGGCAGAGUGUGACGGUGAGCACACUGCAGGGCGAGGAGUACACCCUGACGUCCGGCCAUGCUGCCGACAUCGCUGACCUGCUGCUGCUGUUUCUGAACGGGCUGAAGGUGAGGUCGGAGUACGCAGUGUCACUGCUCAACAGUCCCAAGCAAGAUGAUCCCAUAUUCCUAAAAUUUGAGAAGGGUGAUUUGAUUAAGCUUCUUAAAACUGAAGAGCUAACUCCGCCUCAAGAUCAUGGCUGGGUUCAAGGUUGGAAUGAGCGUACGGGAAAGACAGGAAGCCUUUCUCUGCAGUCCGUCUACAUCAUUCCAAUCCUUGAGAAACCAUCGUCAGAUGUGAUGAGUUUGAUCCGCAUGUCUCCUGACCAGCGACGCCAGGCUGCACCCACUGCCCCCGCACAGGAGGUGGACACCAAGCACUACACCCUGGAGGAGUUCUCGUACCUCCACUUCAGGCCCCCAAGUAAAGAGUCGAUGAGCAGAGCAGUGUUUCCAAAGGCUCGCGUGAAGGACCUGAUCUGGGCCUGUUCCCGGGAGCCCCUGAGACUGCCGCUGUUGAAGAAAGUCUGUCUGAAUCCUGAGAUGGUGCAAGUGGCGUGUCAAGCCUUCAUCGCUAUAAUGAAGUACAUGGGCGAUUACCCUGGCAAGCUGUCCAAGUCUGGCACGCAACUGACCGAUCAGAUAUUUUCUGGAGCGCUGCGGGAGGAAGUGGUACAGGAUGAGGUCUACUGCCAAAUCAUGAAGCAGCUCACCCAUAACCGCAACAGGUACAGCGUGGAGGGUGGAUGGCAGCUGCUCUGGCUCUGCACCGGCCUCUUCCCUCCCAGCAGCCUGAUGUUCCCUCACGUGGAGAAGUUUCUCAAGAGCCAUUCGAAGGAGAAGCUGUCGACAGAGUGUGUUCAGAGACUGGCCAAGGCUAAACGGUCCGGUGCUCGGAGGAACCCACCGCAUGUGCUGGAGGUGGAGGCCAUCCAAUGUUGGAGCACCACCAUCCUGCACAAAAUCUACUUCCCAAACGACACCGACCAGGCCUUCGAGAUCUUCACCAACACCAAGGCAAAGACCCUGUGUGAGACCAUCACCAAGCACCUAGGCCUGGGCUCUUCCGAAGGAUUGAGCCUCUUUGUACAAGUAGAAAAUAAGGUGAUCAGCAUCCCGGAAGGAGAUUUCUUCUUCGAUUGCGUGACGCACGUGAGUGACUGGGUGAGGAAGGAAAAGCGGGUUCCAGAAGGUCUGGCCGGUUCUGUGUCCUACAAGGUGCUCUUCAUGAGGAUGCUCUGGAUCAAUAUCCUCCCCGGCCGGGAUCUCAAAGCAGACCUGCUCCUUCAUUUCCCCCAGGAGCUGCCCAAGUACCUGCGGGGAUACCACUCGUGCACCAGGGACGAUGCCGUCCAAGUGGCCGCUUUCCUGUACAAAGUGAAGUUCAACGACGACAAGUCCCAGUUUGUCAACAUUCCCAAACUACUGAAGGAUCUGGUGCCCCAGGACAUGCUUCGGAUGAUGUCGCCUGAAGAAUGGAAGAAGGCCAUUGUGGCAAUAGUCAAUAAGCAUGCAGGGAAGACGAGGGAUGAGGUGAAGCUCGCCUUCCUCAAACUACUGCACCGCCUGCCAACGUUCGGAUCAGCAUUCUUUGAUGUGAAGCAAACAUCUGAGCCCACGUUUCCGGAUAUUAUCCGGAUAGCCAUCAACAGGCAGGGGGUGACGGUGAUAAACCCACGGACGAAGGAACCUCUGGUGACCCAUCCGUUCAACAAAAUCUCCAACUGGUGCAGUGGCAGCACGUACUUCCACAUGUCGGUCGGCAGCAUGAUGAAGGGAGAAAGGAUCCUGUGUGAGACCUCACUGGGUUACAAGAUGGACGACCUUCUGACAUCAUACGUGAGUGCGUUCGUAGCAGCAAGGCAAAGAUCGGCUGGGAAUCCUGCCGCCUGAUGGGACCAAGGUUAAAGAAGGGUCUCUAUCAAUGAUGCCUUAACAUACAUUCACUGCCCAGCUCUCUCACUUUGUUUCUCACCCAAUCUUUCUCUUUCUUUCUCCUCUCCUCUUUCACUCCUUGUUCUUUGCCUUUUUCUCCCUCUCCCUUUCUUUCUCUCUCCUUCUCCCUUUCUUUCUCCCUCUUUCUGUCUUUCUCUCUCUCUCUCCCCUUUUCUCUCUCACCCUUCCUUUCUUAUUCCUUCUUUCUCUCUUACCUCAAUCUCUCUUUCUUUCUCUCUGUCUCACUCUGUCUCUCACUCUCUCCCACCUACUUUAUCUAUCUCUCUUUCCCUUUCUCUGCCUUCCUGUCUCCAUACUGCAAAAUCUCCCCCUUCCUUUUGAGGGAAGUCACUUUGCAGCUGAGGGUUCUCCCCAUGGAGCUCUGGACAACCAAUGCCACAGGCAGUGCCUUGCUAACUGACGAUAUCUUUCACUGCAAUCAAGGUGACACAUUGAGGACUUCUUUAACCAGUGCCUGGGCCUGAUAGGACACAUCUCUUGCUCCCACUCUCUGGUCAUGAGGAAGAGUCAGCCUGCCUUUAUAUAGUACCUCUCGCAGUAAUUCACUUCAAGACAAUUCCUUGCUUUGCAUCAGUGAUAUAAACCCUGAGGAUAUUCAAUUCCUCACCCCACUGCCCCCCCUCCCUCCCUCCACAGAACACGGUCUUCUCCUGGUUCUCUACAUGUUAGUUGGAGACCAUCAACACCUUCAGACUGAAAAUGUUCAUAAUCGCAAAUGUUAACAAUGAGAUGUGUAGUGUCCUUGGACACCUUCAUGGUGCAUCAAAGGCAAACUAGACAGGUGUGUCCCAGGCACUGCCCCUAAUCCACGGCAGCCCAGAACCCACCCACGAUGUUCAGACCACCAUGAUGAGUGAAUGGCAAUGCAGGGCUCUGCUGUGUGAGAGGCCACUCUGCUGUGGGAUAGUGUCAGCCCAAAGUCGUCAACCUCUGCAUUAUGAACUAAGUGCGUUUUUGUGAAAAUUCCAAGGGUUUAAUGCGGUCCCAUUAGUCUGUCCAAAUUCCAGUUGGAGUGUUUGGACAGCACUACUCCAUGCUGGCACCAGAUUCCCCUACACCACGGGGCACCCAGUCCCUGGUCCACAGUCUCUCUGCCUCACCACUGAAUAUAAAGACUGGAUGUUGUAUCUGAGAAGGACAGUGGGGGCAACAGUCUGUCUGUAGGAACGCUAGACAAUGAUGUGAGGGAUGUUGGGUCUGGUGAUGCCUGUGGGAUAGUGUAUCAUGUGCUGGGUGAUGGCGGGAGGGGGUGGGUCAACAUGGUUUUGGGUGGAGUGAAUGAGAGGAUGAUGUGGGCGAGGGGGGGUGAUGUGAGGUGACGUGUGGGGUGAUGCGAGUGGAUGAAGUGGGGAGUGUGCCGUGUAGAUGAUGUGUUGUGGGUGAGGUGACUUGGGUGGUGUAAGAAGAGUGUGGUGAUUCGGGAAGGUGUAACGUGGGUGGUCAUUGUAUCAUCAUCUGGGUGGAGAGCGUCGGCCGAGCUUUGACAGGAGGUCGUAGUCUGUUCGAGGGGGACUGUGUGUGUCUGCACUACACAGACUCCACACCACUUCCCAAAGACCCAAGCAUGUUCUCAGUAAUCAUUUAACCAGCAUUAAACCCACUGUCCCAAUGCUGUUUGUGGGGCCUUACUGCAGAAAUCAACCACCACAAUUGUAUGCAACGAGCAUUACAUUUCAAAAGUACUUUAUUGGCCUUGAAGCACAUUGGUACAUUGUGAAAGAUGCAAAUGUGUGUACAUGUACAAUUAAUUAUAUCUGUUUAUUUAAUGAAUGAAAUACAUUUUAAAAUAACAGCUUGCAUUUGUGUAGCGUUUCGUGUGUGGAUAGAGCUCCCAGACUGAGAUAUAAU